GCCGCCCGCGUAAAUUCGAAAUGGCUGAUGAUUUGCAGGCGGGUGUAGUUCUGGAACCUGACGCUAUGGUUCCACCGAGACCUGAGUUGGCGGCGGAGGAGGAACCGGCGUCCUGGAAGGAAGGUUUAUUCCAGGAUACAGAUCCAUGCAGUGAUUGUGGCUAUCAUGCUAAUCCAGGUGCUACUGUAAAAACUCUAAUGCCAGAAGGAAAAAUUCUUUUUCCACAAAUUAUCCAAACAAAUGAACUUCUGUUUUAUGAGCGAUUCAGAGCCUAUCAAGAUUACAUUUUAGCUGACUGUAAGGCCUCUGAAGUAAAGGAAUUCACAGUCAGCUUCUUGGAAAAGGUCCUUGAACCAUCUGGAUGGUGGGCAGUGUGGCACACUAAUGUGUUUGAGGUGUUGGUUGAGGUUACAAAUGUGGACUUUGCAGCAUUGAAGGCAGUGGUGAAGCUUGCAGAGCCGUGUAUCUAUGAAUCUAAAUUGAGCACUUUUACCUUGGCCAAUGUGAAGGAGCUUUUGGACCUGAAGGAGUUUCAUCUGCCUCUGCAGGAGCUGUGGGUGGUAUCAGAUGACUCACAUGAAGUUCACCAGAUGGCCCUUGCGAUCGAGCACGUCAGAUUUUUCUAUAAAAACAUCUGGAGAAGUUGGGAUGAAGAAGAGGAGGAUGAGUAUGAUUAUUUUGUCAGAUGUGUUGAACCUCGAUUGAGAUUGUAUUAUGAUAUACUUGAAGAUCGAGUUCCCUCAGGACUUAUCGUUGACUACCACAAUCUGUUGUCUCAAUGUGAAGAGAGUUACAGGAAAUUUUUAAAUCUGAGAAGCAGUUUGUCAAGUUGUAAUUCUGACUCUGAGCAGGAAAAUAUCUCCAUGGUGGAAGGGUUAAAUUUGUAUUCAGAAAUUGAACAGUUGAAGCAAAAGCUAAAACUUAUUGAGAAUCCUUUGUUGAGAUAUGUUUUUGGUUAUCAGAAAAACUCUAAUAUCCAAGCAAAGGGUACUCGUCAAAAUGGCCAGAAGGUCAUCCAUGUGGUUUCCUCCACCAUGAAGACAGGUCUGCUUCGGUCUCUAUUUAGGGACAGGUUUUGUGAGGAGUCUUGCAAAGAAGAAACGGAAAUUCAGUUCCAUAGUGAUCUGUUGUCUGGUAUAAAUGCCUGCUAUGAUGGUGACACUGUCAUUGUUUGUCCUGGCCAUUAUGUAGUUCAUGGCACCUGCUCCAUAGCUGACUCCAUUGAGUUGGAAGGAUACGGUCCACCAGAUGAUAUCAUCAUUGAAAAGAGGGGCAAAGGAGAUACUUUUGUGGAUUGCACGGGUAUGGAUGUUAAAAUUUCAGGCGUAAAAUUUAUUCAGCAUGAUUCUGUAGAAGGAAUCUUAAUUAUUCACCAUGGCAAGACCACCCUGGAAAACUGUGUACUGCAAUGUGAAACUACAGGAGUCACAGUGCGCACAUCAGCAGAACUGUUUAUGAAAAACUCAGAUGUUUAUGGUGCCAAGGGUGCUGGUAUAGAAAUAUAUCCUGGAAGUAAAUGUACCCUGACUGACAAUGGAAUCCAUCAUUGCAAGGAAGGAAUCCUCAUUAAGGACUUCCUUGAUGAGCAUUAUGAUAUUCCCAAAAUAUCUAUGAUAAAUAACGUCAUACAUAAUAAUGAAGGUUAUGGUGUUGUUUUGGUGAAGCCUACAAUUUUCUGUGACCUACAGGAACAUGCCCAAGAUGAAACUAAUGACAAUACAGUUCAGAAAAAUAAAGAGGCAGAUGUCACUGAAGGAUUAGAUCUGGAAGAAAUGCUUCAGUGUGUGUCUAACAAAAUGGAGCCUUAUGCCACAGCAGACUUUAAUGAACAAGCUAAGGGAAACUGUGAAAUUAUAAAUGAACUGCUUGCUAUUUCCAUGCAGAAAGGCCGGAUAAAGAAAAGACUGAGUGAACUUGGGAUUGUACAAGCUGACGACGACUUAAUGUCACAGGAGAUGUUUAUUGAAAUUGUGGGGAAUCAGUUUAAGUGGAAUGGCAAGGGGAGUUUUGGCACCUUUCUUUAUUAGCUACAAUGAUACCAAUAACUCACAAAGUAUUGUGUUUUGACAUGUCCUAAGCACGCUACUUAAUAUACGUUGCUUCAUUUGCUUCAUAACUGUAUAUUAUAUAAAGUGUACUUGAUUAA